AUGAACGGCCGCAUGAAGGGGGUUCAGAAUCUAAUAUUUCUUCAGGAGAACAGACACAAAGAGUGCAUCAUGCAUAUCAUGCAGGGCCAAGCACUUGCGUUUAUGAAUUCUGGAUUAAACUAUGGCACGUUCCAACGGCAAAGAAUAUUCCCAUUGCCGCUACGCCAUUUCACCCACACCAAAUGCAGCUCAGAAGCACCAGAACCAAAGGCCAAAAUGUUCACUCCCCCCUUCCUUCCUUUUUCCUCAGCCGCGGCCUUCUUGGGGCGCUCGCAACCCCCUCCGGAGAAAGUUAAGGUCUUCGGCCUGCAGCUCGACCUAUGGGCGCUGCCUACAACCGAGGUCCUGAUCCGCUACAACCUCUCGCUCUUGUUCCCCAAGGGAAACAACGGGCAGGCUAGUGAAGUGAGCGUUUGCUACCGGGUUAAACCAACGACUCUAACUAGCUAUGAAGGCCACAUUUCCCUCGCUUCAACGGACCAGAAUAACGACAUCCUCUACUUGUAUCGCCGAGGGGGAGAGCACGGCUUCUACUACAACGGCGUGAGGCAAUUUGGCUUCCCGGACUUCAAGACCGACAUAAGGCUGCACCAGUGGACGCACUACUGCCACGUCUUCUCCUCGGGGCUAUACACAGCCUACGUCCAGGGAAAGGAGCGGAUAAGAGGGGAGAUAACAACCAGCAUCAUCCCGCUGGCCCUGAAUAGUACCCUCACCCUCGGCCAGGAGCAGGACCUCCUUGCCGGGGCGUUCGACGUGGAGCAGAUUUUCCGUGGCUUCAUCUCGCAGGUUAACAUAUGGAACAGGUCUUUUACUAAAGUCGAGGUCGAGGAACAAGCUGCCUGCUCGACCGCUCCGCUGGGGAACAUCUUCUCGACGGACAGGAAUGAACUGGAAUUGUUCAGUGUGCUGGAGACCCUUGAGAAGCCAGAGGUGUUCUGCGAGGAGGAAGCCCGGUACGUGAUCUUCCCCGAACCGCGGUAUAUUGAGGACUCGAUACUUUUGUGCAAGCGGAUGGGGUACAAGGUGUUCAGCCCGAGCACGCGUGAACAAAACCUACAGCUGCACAACGAGUCCCUUCAGUUCGUAGACUCGUGCUCCUCCAACUACCACCUGUGGAUCGGAAUCACCGACGCCGACGAGGAGGGCGUCUGGAGGAAGUUCUCGGACGAUUCUGAAAUCGAACCGUUCUUCGAGCUGACGGAGCCGAACGGCGGCUACGGAGAGAACUGCAUGCUGAUGUUUCUCCCGAACGGCCUGUGGGUUGACACGUCCUGCGCCAUACAGUGGCCGGCGUGCGUCCCGUGCGAGGUGACGCACACCACGCCGCUCCGCCUGCGGGGACUCUGCUUCAGCAAAGAGCCAGAAACGUUCUAUGAGGUUCUGGGAUACAGAGGCAAGAAGCCCUACUUCCAUGGGUAUUAUGGCAUCAUGAUCUACCACCUGGGCGAAGCCAGGUGGGAGAUCUUUGACACGACGAAACAAAAGAGCAUCGCCACCCUGGCCCUCGCUUCGACGAGCCUCUACCCCGUCGGCCGCUUUAAGUGGCUGGUCCAGCACUCGAUCUGCAACUACCUGCUGGCCACGGAGAUCGAGCUGAGCCUCUCCGUGUGCCAGAACUCUGAGUUCACGUGCUCGAACGGCGACUGCAUACCGAAGGGUGGUCGCUGCGACAGCAAGGACGACUGCUCAGACCUGUCGGACGAGGACGACUGCCAGAUCACGCUGCUGCCCAAGGGCUACCGGAGCGAGAGGCCGCCGGAGAACAGCACCGCCGACGGCAUCUCCUACUUGGGGUCCACGGUCGAGAUCCUGCGCUUCAUGGACAUCAGCGACGUCCGACGUCUCGUGAGCGUCGAGUUUGUGAUCGAGCUGACGUGGCUGGACCCGAGGCCGAGAUACCUCAACCUCAGGGACACCAUGGAGUGGAAUCAGCUGCACGAGCGCGACCGGAGAGGCGUGUGGAGGCCGCAGCUGAAAUUCCCCAAUGUGCUCAACGGCGACAUCAGUCUGCUGGACGAACAGGUUUUCCUCAGGAGGAUCGGGCAGCCCGAGCCCGCCGACUUCAAUGACGUCAGAAUGGAUAAAAUAUACUCUGGAGAAGCAGCCAUCUUGAUUCAGAAGCAACAGUACAGCGGGAGCUUCGCCUGUUCCUUUGACGGUUUCUACUACCCCUUCGACACCCAGCGAUGUUCCAUCCUCCUGCAGCUCUCAGACAGGUCAGAGUUCAUCCGAUUUCGACCCUGGGACGCGCAGGUCAUAUACCAGGAGGACCUGAACCUGCCCUCAUACGUCAUAAACAACUUCCUGGUUAUGGUUACUGAGCGAGGGAACGACCAGACACGCUACAGUGUCUUGAAGGUGGAAAUAGAAUUAACGAGGCGCCGGAAAAUGAUUGUGAUGGCAGUGUAUGUGCCAACGCUGAUGCUACUGCUUAUUGGAUAUUCAACGCUAUUCGUAAAAGUGUCCCUGAUGCAGGUACGCCUGGUGGUGAGUCUGACCACACUCCUGGUCCUGUACACCCUCUUCAACAACACCUCGGACGCCCUUCCCGUCACCGACUACAUCAAGAUGAUCGACCUCUGGUUCUUCCACUGUAUCUUCCUCCUCUUCUUUAUCAUCCUCUCCCACGUCCUCGUCGACCACCUGGACACCAAGGGCCAAGAGGUUGUGCAGAUACGACCCGCGAACACCGCCACGAACCCGAAGGAGGUCGUGCGGGUCGUGAGGAAGCCGGAGAUGCUGAUGAGAGUUUUGAGGAAGUACGUGGUGCCCUUCGUCAGCCUCUGCUUCAACGUCGUCUAUUGGUCCAUUCUCUUGGGGUCUCAGAAGGCGUAGUUUAGUGUGGGUGUUUGGUUAGUUUAAUGUUUAAAAAGAGUUGUGUAGUUUUAGUACUAUUAUCAUUACUGUUAUCACCAUCUUCAU